AUUGAAUUCCCUGUAUUCUGUGAACAUGUGAAAGAUAAGAAGGACUAGUUACAGUAAUCAGACUACACUAUACGCUAUCACAGUUACAAUUUAUAAUAUGGCAUUCAUCAUCAGUUAACCGAACAGUGAAGAAAUGGAAAGAAUUCUAGAUACCUAUGAAUAUAAAAAGGAUUGGAUUAGUCAUUUCAAUGUAGAAUCCAUUUUAAAUACGGUAGUCUCAAAUAUUCCCGGUUCUUUCUGGUGGUACGAUUCCUACCUGAUAAAUUCUCCUGAAAAAUUUAAACAUUAUUAUUGGCUUAAAGUUCCUGAAUACGCAUUGUCUGAUAACAGUGGACUGUGUUGUGAAAGAAAACAUUACACCGAAAGAUUUUUGGCUAGACUAAUAAUACUUCGUUAUAAUGAAUCAAUAAAUAUUUCAGGUAUCACAGUUACUCCACAAAGUCACAAUCAAGUCAUUUGUAUUGACAGUUAUGCGCCUAAGAAUGGUGGACACUGGAAAGUUUUAUGGAGUGACUUACAACGUGAACUUCACAUAUACAUCCCAUUGGAAGAUAAUAACGCGUAUAGAGUUACUCGAAUAUUAUCAAAUGAACCAAUACAAUUGGGUCCUUGUUUACGUCUUAUUGGUUGGGCAUCAGGUCAUUCAUAUUCACCUGAGACUAAGGAUGAUACUGCUCCAGGCUCUCAAACUUACAACUGGUGUUUUCUUAUACCUAUAGACUUAGAUCAUCUUCAUAAUGUCACAGUAUUUUUAUUACCAUCAGAAAUAAAGGAUUUAAACAAUACACCACCUACGCAACACUUGGAAUCUAUACGAUUGGGUGGAAUUGACAAGAAUAUAAACCAUUUAAACACUAGUAUACGUGAAUUAUUCACAAUAAUAAAACGUGCUAAUUUCACGCAUUAUAAACAAUCAAACCAUACUGAAACAUUUAACAACAAUAACACCAACACUAAGAAAGACGACAAUUUUUUUACAAUUUCGAGUCUUUUUGGAUUUGGGACUCGAUUAACUAUAAUUAAACAACCUUAUAACAACACUACAAAACAAUCCUACAUGCAUUCUAUGGGAAUAGAUUCUGUCUGUUCGCUUGAUUCAUUAAAUUAUCGAUGUCGAAGUGCAGACAGUCGAAAAUUCAGUCAAUAUACAUACAUUAAAACACAGAAUGGUCGACCAGUAUAUAAGAAUGGAGCUUUUAUAGAACAGGCAAAGAAAAAUGCUAAAGAGGAACAAAGUGAAUAUGCCAAUGGUGAAAAACAUUUUCAUAAUCAACCAUUCAUUAUCGAUCAUAUUAAAAAUAUGGACUUAGAUGAACGACAUUUUGUGUCCUGUAUGCAGCAUCAUGUGACAAUAAGUUGUGAUACUAAUUCAUUAUCAUUAGAAAAAGAUGUAAAUGGAAUAGAAACAAAGUGUUUCACUGAUGUAUACCCGCUUGAAGAAUUAGAAGUUGUAUCCUCGAAACAAACUAUUCCUCCACCGUGGUUAUCUGGAUUUAAUAAAUCUGAAAGUACCUCAUCACAUGUAAAUAGUCAAAAGGGAUCUGAUCAGUCUGCAGUAUUUACAAGUUCUGAAUUAUCUAUCAGUAUGAUUGAACCAGAUCAAGUAAAUACACGAUCAUCAGUUGGUGGACAACAACAAAAUAUCCCUGACAGUUUAACUGUUUAUUCAGUAUUUUCAAAUCCUACUGAAGAAUAUGAAAGUCGGACUAAUCUACUGAUUAAUUUACUCGGGGAAUUAAAUCUACUAUCACAGAUAGUCUUAUGUAGAGAAAAUGAACAUGAAUCACACACUUAUGAUGUUCAUGAGAUAUGUAAGAGUAUUCUGAACGGAUUAACGGAAUUACUAAACGAAGAAGAAGAUGAAGAAGACAUUUGUGAUCAAGAGUUUUCAUUACCGUCACAAUCUGCAGAACAAAAGGAUCAAAUAAAUGUGGCGUCUAUGAAUAAUAAUACAGUGGUUACUACUGGGAAACGAAACGAUGUAUCAGAGAUAUGUGUCCCACUACCGAGUGUCUGUCGUGUCAAGUCCCCAAUACGCCUAUUGGUGUUCUAUUUUGAAAUUUUAUCAGAGCUAAUGGAAUUGAAAGAUCAUGAAAAUAAGUGUUCUGAAGAUAAUCAAGAGGAUAUAUCCACCUUGAUGGAUAUGUCUGCGGGUGUCUUACGUCUUUUAGAUGUUGACGACAGUGAUGAUAAAAACAACUCUGACAAUAAUAGUGAUGAUAAUAAUAAUAAUGAAGGCGGUAAAGCUGAUGCUACUAAUUUAUCAUGUUAUAGAACUUGCGAGAACGCUAUGCAUACACUAAUUCGUUUACAAGAUGCAUGGAUUGCUGCACCAGUCAUAAUUGAAAUGUUAGAUACAACAGGCAGCAGUAAAUCUUUUCAUGGCAGUAUGAGCCCUACUGUAGAAAUAUAUGAAACAGCUAAGCUAUAUUUAACUCGUAUUCAGUCAGCUUUAAAGAAGCAAAGAUGUGAUAUGCAAAAUUUUAUUUCAAAUGAUUUACACUCAUUGCAAGAAAAGUCUACUGAUCUUUUUGUGGAAGAAAGCUCAGUUGAAAACUUUGAAAAUCUGUGCAAGCUUGUUGUCGACACUUCACUCACCGAGGAGUUCGAGUCAGAAAAACAAUUAUUUCAAUCGGCCGUAUACGAUCCCGAUGAUCUGUGUAAAAAUAUCCGUCAACAGUGGGAUCGUCUUCCGCUCCCAAUCGCUGAUCUGUGGAAGAAAAGGAGAAAGGUAUGUAUUGUCAGUGAUUCAGUCGGUAAAGAGAGUCAUGAGAAGUCAGAUUUACCAUGGAAGUCUUCAUCCACCUCAAAUGAUGAUCAUAGUUGGGAGCAAUUUUAUGAGUUUAAUAAAGCCUACAUGGAAUGCCUAAUCACUUAUUUAAAUGAGGUGAAGUGUAUUGUCACUAUUCACACCGAGAAAAAUGCGUCAUCCUCGUCGUCGUCGUCGUCGUCGUCGUCAGCAGCAGCAACGACAAACGAUAAUACUUGUGCCAAAACUAGUCAAUCUUUUGAUUAUCCUA